AUGGAGGAAAGGGAUUUGUUUUCUUGGAAUGUUUUGAUUGGUGGGUACGGGAAAAGGGGGUAUUUUGAUGAGGCGUUGGAGAUGUAUGGAAAAAUGUUAUGGGUUGGUGGGGUUGGGUUUAAGCCCGAUGUGUAUACUUUCCCAAGUGUGUUGAGGACAUGUGGCGGUUUGGGGGAUUGGAAACGGGGUCUUCUAGACAUGGGCGUCAAGCUGCACGAGCUUGCCAAGAGGACAGGUUACGAGGACAAUGGGUUCCCUGACAAGGCUGUUGAAACUUAUAAGAUGAUGGAACUAGAAGGUGUUAUGCCAGAUGAGAUCACUAUGGCUAGUGUUUUAUCUGCAUGCGCAUCUUUAGGUCUUCUAGACAUGGGCGUCAAGCUGCACGAGCUUGCCAAGAGGACAGAUAAAUACAGGGUUGGUUGGACAUUACUGCUAAGUCUCAAAUUUUCUUGCUCAUAUUGUAUAUCUGGCAGUGCUAUUUCUCUUAAUACUAAAGUUCAAAGUUCCACAUCAGCCCUUCUGGUUUUCUGUAACAUAAAGGUGCUCACUAUAGCGUCCAUGGAGUUCUGGCUUGCCUCCAGUAAGAGCAUCAAUGAUAGUUUUAAAUUCCGUAAUGCUUGA